CUCGAGAGAGCGGCAUGCGGACGCGAGCGGUUGCCGGGAAAAAAAUUAGACAUCCAUUCCAUACAUUACAGGCACGACAACGAAAGCAUUGAUAACUUUCGCGGUAGUGUCCAGCGGAAUCAAUUGGUGCUGUGCGUCUCGUGGGUGUCCAGUAAGUUAUUAUGA